AUCAAGUAUUAAUUUGGGACCCUAUUAGCCCUGGAGGUUACCCCAGGAUUAUUGCACAUCUCCGCGGAAACAACUCCUCAGCCCUAUACCGAGACAUACAUCUGUUUGGAAACUCUCCUAUUUUAAUUCCAACUGCAUAAGCUGCAUAAAUAAUGUCGGACGAGAAGAAGGUGGCUGCCGUUGCCAGCCUUCCAGGUGACAUAUCUGGCAGUGAUUCAAUCGAUAUCGGGACGACUCAAGCAGACGAGGCCCAAGGAUAUGACCAAAAGGCCACAAAAGCGCUUCUGCGCAAGCUGGACUGGAAUAUUAUCCCAUUCAUGUCACUCAUCUACUUGCUUUGCUUUCUUGAUCGCACAAACAUCGGCAAUGCUCGUCUUGACAAUAUGGAACAGGAUCUCGGCCUGAAGGGCAUUCAAUACAAUGACUGCCUCGCCAUCCUCUUCCCCUUUUACAUCGCGGCCGAGAUACCCAGCAACAUGAUGAUGAAGCGCUUUCCGGCCUCGCGCUGGCUGACCUUUAUCAUGUUCUUUUGGUCAGUUUCCAUGAUCUGCCAGGGCUUCGUCAAAAACUACUCGGGCAUGCUCGCCACGCGCGUCUUCCUGGGUCUGUUUGAGGGUGGCCUGUACCCGGGCGUCAACUACUACAUCACGCAGUGGUACUGCCGCCGCGAGUGCGGCUUCCGCAUGGCGCUCUUCUUCUCCGCCGCCACCAUGGCCGGCGCCUUUGGCGGCAUCCUGGCGCGUGGAAUCGCCGAGAUGCGCGGCGUCGGUGGCCUGGCGGCCUGGUCGUGGAUCUUCAUCCUCGAGGGCUUGCUGAGCGUGCUCGUGUCGUUUGCCGCACCCUUUGCCAUCCACGACUCGCCGGCCAAGGCCAAGUUCCUGACGCCGGCGGAGAAGACCGAGGUUGAACGGCGACUACAGGCCGACUCGGGCCACCUCUCGAACGAAUUCGACGUCAAGUACGUGUGGCAGGCGCUGGGCGACUGGAAGAUCUACAUCCACAUGCUCAUCUGCAUGGCCGGCUUCUGCCCCAUCUACUCGUUCUCGCUGUUCCUGCCCACCAUCGUCAAGAGCAUGGGGUACACGGCCAAUGACGCGCAGCUCAUGACGGUGCCGCCGUACAUCGUCGCCUGCUGCUUCACCAUCGCCGCGAGCUAUUUCGCCGACAAGUGGCAGCGGCGUGGCGUCUUCCUAAUGGGUUUCCAGCUCGUCGGUAUCGCGGGCUUUGGGUUGCUGUGCGGCACUGACAACUCCAAGGCGCAGUACGUCGGGACGGUGCUGGCUGCUGUUGGAAUCUACCCCCAGAUCCCCCUCGGCCUCGCCUGGAACAGUGGAAACAUUGGCGGGAGUCUGAAGCGAGGAACCGGUAUCGCCAUGCAGGUCAUGGGCGGCAACUGCGGUGGUAUCAUCGCUUCAUAUGUGUACCUCUCGCGGGAUGGGCCUCGGUACAUUACAGGACACUCGAUUCUGAUCGGGUUCAUCAGCAUGGCCUUCUUCCUCACUCUUUUCAUGUCGACAUGGUGUAAGAAGGAGAACGCCCGGCGAGAGGCCAUCUCCCCCGAGCUUGGGGCGCACGAAUUGACCGAGGAGCAGAAGGAAAUGGAACGGGAGAAGGCCGAUAAUGUGCCGUGGUUCAGGUACACCACUUGAAUUAGGUGUUUGUUUGCUUGCUCUGGGACGUGUGAAACAAGAAUUCCCACCGUGGUCGGUGGUUUUUAUAGAUUAGUCCACCUAUAGAAGGUUCGAACCAUAGAUGAAUAAAUCCGUCCCAAAUAUAACCUAAUUUUUUCAGAGCUGCCAAGCAGCCACGGAAAA